AUGGCGUACUGGGUCAGUUGUUUGAUGCUCUGUAUUUUCAUCUUCUUAGCUACAUACGUUUUACAAACAGAUGAAAAAGUUUACAAAAAAGAUCCUGACUGGGAAAGCCGUGUCUUCAAAUCGCCAAAAUAUACAAAUUAUGAUGAAUUAACASACUUUUUACAACGCUUUGCGAAAAGGUACAACAAUAUAGCAAGAUUGAGAACUAUCGGGAACUCUGUACAAAAUCGUAGUCUAUGGGUGAUGCAAAUAACUGAUAACCCAGAUAUYAUCGAGCCUGGWGAACCAAUGUUUAAGUAUGUUGGAAAUAUGCAUGGCAAUGAGGCCGUUGGACGGCAAAUUUUGAUCAAUYUAAUUCAGUAUUUGUUAGAACAUUAUGGUAAGCCGGGUCGGGAGCGAAUCACAAGACUUGUUGACACGACAAAUAUAUUCAUUCUUCCAUCGCUAAAUCCUGACGGGUUUGAAGCUUCAUCAGAAGGAGACUGUAAUGGUGUCCAGGGAAGAAAUAAUUAUAAUAAUAAAGAUUUAAACCGUAAUUUCCCUGAUCAAUUUUAUAACUGGAAACUUUAUCAAGCCAACAAAGCGGAGCCUGAAACAAGAGCAAUGAUAAAGUGGAUAUAUAGUAAUAAUUUUGUACUUUCGGCCAAUCUACACGGUGGUGCUGUAGUAGCAAGCUACCCAUUUGAUAGCAAUGAAGGGCAUAUACCACAAGACGUUUACAGUAGAACACCUGACGAUGCUGUGUUCAAGCACUUAGCCCUUACAUACUCAAAGAAACAUCAUACAAUGAGYAAAGGGGACCCAGAAUGUCCMAAGGACUUAAAUUUUAAGGAUGGCAUCACAAAUGGGGCAUUCUGGUAUAAUGUUCCUGGCGGAAUGCAAGAUGUUAACUAUCUCAUUAGCAACUGCUUUGAGAUUACCUUGGAGUUAUCAUGCUGUAAGUACCCAAGGGCAUCAAAACUACAAAAAGAAUGGCAGAAAAAUAAGGAAGCUUUGUUAGCGUACAUGGAAGAAGUGCACAAAGGUAUCAAAGGUUUUGUGAAAGACGCCAAUGGUUAUGGCAUCAGAGGAGCUGUUAUACAUGUCUUUGGCUUAAAACAUAACAUUACAACAGCUCAAUAUGGUGACUUUUGGCGGUUACUUAUCCCUGGUAACUAUUCAGUAAUGGCYGUAGCACUAGGCUAUAUACCAGCUGUUAUACCUCAUGUUGUUGUCACUAGUGGACCAGCAACAGUCAUAAAUUUUCAGCUUCUUAGRAUGAAUUAUCCACARGUGCCWUACCARCAAACAAGSCUUAGUAACACACUUCCSUGGCUGAGGGAUAUUAUGUCUUGGAAUCAGAAAUCUCAAAGGAGUCGAAGGAGUACUGAUCUAGAAGYACCUCAAGUUCCAUUUUCUUUCAUCCCUAUGACUGCUGAAGAAUAUAGAGAACUGAUGAAAGACUGGGUUGAACCCAGGAUAUUCUUACACCAUAACCAUGAUCAGAUGACUGUAUUUUUAAAGACUAUGGCAAAGUUAUAUAAAAAUAUAACAAGACUUUACUCAAUUGGGAAGUCGGUAUUAGGAAGAGAUUUAUGGGCCAUGGAAAUUUCUGACAAUCCAGGAAUCCAUGAACCGGGUGAGCCUGAAUUCAAAUAUGUAGGGAAUAUGCAUGGUAAUGAAGUUUUAGGCAGAGAGUUGUUACUCUUACUGAUUCAAGUYUUAUGUGAGAAUUAUCAAAAGAUAAGUGGAAUUACUGCAUUGGUGGAUUAUACUCGUAUACAUAUUCUGCCUUCUAUGAACCCUGAUGGCCAUGAAGUCUCCAUUGAGGGAGAUAGAGAAUCAUUAAGAGGAAGAGAAAAUGCACAUCAUGUUGACUUGAACAGAAACUUUCCUGAUGCACUGUUUGAUUUGCACCCCAAGCGUGAGCCAGAAACUAAAGCAAUAAUGAAGUGGUUAACACAAUAUCCAUUUGUAUUAUCUGCCAAUUUGCAUGGUGGUUCCUUGGUUGCAAACUAUCCCUUUGAUGACUCUCCAUCCAGGCAGGAGAUUUACAGUAAAAGUCCUGAUGAUGAAGUUUUUAGGCUUCUUGCUUUAACAUACUCUAAAGCACACCCAACUAUGUAUAAAGGCCGRACKCAGUGUGGUGAUCAUUUUAAGAAUGGUAUAACCAAUGGUGCAAAAUGGUACAAUGUGAUUGGAGGAAUGCAGGAUUAUAAUUAUCUUCAUAGCAAUUGCUUUGAGAUCACYGUUGAAAUGGGCUGUGUCAAAUAUCCCUAUCAAGCUGAACUUCAGUCUUUAUGGAAUGACCACAAGKUAUCGAUGCUAACGUUCUUGUCUCAAGUCCACAUUGGCAUUAAAGGGUUUGUUACUAAUACUGCUGGUAUAGGAAUAUCUGGUGCUGUCAUCACUGUAUCAGGAAUAGCACAYGUCAUUACUACAGCCAAAGAUGGGGACUUCUGGAGGCUUAUCUCACCUGGAGACUAUAAUGUCACYGCUUCUGCCAAUGGAUACCAGUCUCAGACUAAGAAGGUGGAAGUUAAGAGUGGCUUUGCAAGUGAGCUGACUUUUACUUUGCUCAGAAAYAAUGAAAUGGUUGCAACUACUACAAGACCAACUCCYUCRCCAUCAUUAUUAAAUAUCACUAUGGAGAUGACCUUUACUUCACCAACUCCUUCAACAGUUCCUCCAACAACUGUAAAACCAUACAUAUAUCGCAAUUACGACUCUGUUAUCACAUUACUGAAAAACUUAGCCAACAAAUGUCCAAGUAUUGCAAAACUGUCAUCAAUUGGCAAAUCAAAGAAAGGUAAACCAAUCUGGUCCUUGCAGCUGUCAAGCAAGAAUGGUAAUGACAGAAAACCUAGUGUCGGUUUGGUCGCCAGCUUACAAGGCAAAGAUGCCAUUGGAAGCGAGUUGCUGCUGACUUUUCUAGAGUAUCUUUGCAUAGGAUUCACUAGAAACAAUGCAAGGAUCGUUAAUAUUUUGACAAACACAAAAGUGCAGGUCAUACCAAUGGUUGAUGUUGACAGUAGGAGCUUAGCAAAGGAAGGGGACUGUCAGGGAACUGUCAGUCCUCAAGAUGACUUGGCAAGAGCUUUCUCUUUUGAUGCUAAUGCUAAGCAAAAGCGAUCUUUGUCMRACAAGAUGUUGUCAUUUUUUGACACAUCAACAGAGGAGCCCAAGGAAGUGGAAAAUGUAAAAGUAUGGAUGAAAAUGAACAAAUUUGCACUUAUUGCUGAUAUUAAUGGUGGAGGACUGGUUGCAAGAUAUCCAUUAAGUACUGAAGUGACGGGAGAUGAACGUAUUCAGGGYUCGUCUACAGCAGACCAGUCAACAUUUCAAGACUUAGCAUCCACAUAUGCCAAGCGCCAUCCCACAAUGCACCUUGGUCAUGGAUGUAAUGGAUCCAAUUUCCCUGGAGGGACUGUACAAGGCUCUAAGUGGAAAGACCUUCGUUACACUAUGCAAGACUAUGCAUAUACAAAGCUUAACGCACUUCAGUUGUCAUUCUUUAUUUCUUGCUGUAAAUAUCCAUCGGGGARUAAUGCCCGCAAUGUACUCAAGGAGAACAGCUUGCCACUGUUAGAAUUUGUUGAGAAAGUCCAGCAAGCAGUGCAAGGUGUGAUUCACACAUUCAACCACACUCCUAUCGCCAAUGCUUCAGUUACCAUAUCRAACUCUGCAAUGCACAUCGAUGUCGACCAAUCAAAUGCUAAGUUUUAUAAAGUUCUUGCGCCAGGCAAGUACAAACUGACAGCUUACGCGUCUGGGUAUUCUAGCAGCACCAAGGAAAUAGAGAUAACCRCAGGGAAGACAACACAAGUGAUMUUUAACUUACACAGGAUACCCAAGUUCCAGUAUCAUAAAGACGACUCCAUUGGUGGAUGGAUGAAGGGCAUGGCUAAGAAAUGUCCACAAAUAUCACGUGUGUAUCACAUUGGUAUGUCCUCGCAGAUACGCCGACUUUGGGUUAUGGAGUUAACAGAUAACCCUGGCAAGCACGAGCCUGGAGAACCCGAGGUCAUGUAUUCAGCAGGUAUUCAUGGCAACGAAGCUGUUGGCAAGGAAAUGUUGUUGAUGUUCAUCCAGCAUUUGUGCCUUAGUUACGGUAAAGACGAUGUGGUUACGAAGUUAGUGGAUASCACACGAUUACACAUACUUCCUUUGGUCAAUCCUGAUGGUGCACUCAAGGCUGAACAGGGAGAUUGUUAUUCAGAGAAUGGAAGGAAUAAUGCUAAAGACGUGAACUUGGMCACUGAUUUCCCAGGCAUAUAUCAGGAGAAAAUUAAAACCUUAGAACCAGAAACUCAAGCUAUUGUGAAAUGGUUAAAUGAUCAUCCAUUUGUACUGUCAAUCAACCUUCAUGGCGGCAGUCUCCACGCUAGUUAUCCUUACUAUGCMCAACCUAAGGGUAAAACAUCACCAAAUCUUGCACCAGAUGAUGAUGUUUUCCGCUACCUAGCAACCUCCUAUGCCAAUUUACAUCCCACUAUGCAUCAUGGGAAACCCUCUUGCCCAGGCCCYAAUGUGCAUGAAGAGUUUUUACAUGGAAUCGUUAAUGGGGCAGCUCGAAAAACCUUUAGUGGUGGACUGAGCGAUUAUGCCUAUAAAAGUACAAACUGUCUGGGUAUUGAUGUGCAUGUUGGCUGCUGUAAGUACCCGUAUGCUGGUGAACUGGAGCAUCUUUGGAAAGAGAACAAGAUGGCUCUCGUGCAAUUUGCUUUUCAGGCACACCAUGGUGUGAAGGGAAUUAUACGAGACGAUGAGGGAAAACCAAUGAAAGAUGCUGUUAUAUCYAUCAAAGGAAGACAACACGACGUCACUUCCGGUCAACAAGGCGACUACUUCCGUAUACUAGUGCCAGGCAAGUACGAUGUCACAGUUACAGUUCCARGACGAGGCAAAGUCACAAAAACUGUUGAAGUUAUUCCAAAUACGCMCGCAGUUAAUGUCGACUUUGCGGUCAGCAGUCAGGGACUUUGGCAUGGUCUACCCGUUACCGUAGUGAUAGGAAUCGUCAUCCUKGUGGCUGUAACGCUGCUUUUAGUUUUUUGUGGAUUAUGGAAGGUCUACAGAAAACGAAAACUACGUAUUGCAUUAAAACGCAAUGGAUAUCAACACGACUACGACAAUUCUUUGUCAAUAAACUCUUUUAAUUCAAAAGCGCUGUUGAACAAUGACUACUCUGACGAUACUGAUGAUGACGAAGAGGAUGUCAUUUUAGACCACUCAAGACGAUAGCACAAAUAAUAUAUAUUUUUCUAAAAYAUCUGGUAGCUAUUCAAAAAAGCAUGAGAGUAUAUAUUAUAUAUCUAAUAGUCAUAAUUUUAUAGCCCUACGGACAAAAAACCGUGGUACCUCUAUUACAUAAUCAUCCAUUAAACAGCCAUCCUCUAUAUGGCGGCCACAAGCUCAAUUUAACUCUAUUCCCCUCWAUUCAACGGCUUAGCUCUAUAGCUGCCAACUGUCAAACGAACAAAUUGGAAAGUCCAGAGGGUGGCCGCUUAAUUGAGGUACCAAUUAAUCCAGAUAGAACAGCGGAAUURGGGACUUAUGUACGACAAAACAGUAGAUACUCGUAUAUUUUUGAGGGGUUGUAUGGUUUACGUGUGGGUUUCGAUUCUUAGACUGGGUACUUAUGUGUUAUGUCCUUAGCAAGACACUAAACUCUAAAGUUAUUAAUAAACUUGAAUUGUUUUUGAGAGGAAAUUUAUCAAUAUUAAAAUAUAAAAAGACUUGC